AUGGAUCGACCCCCACAAAGACCAAUCAAGCGACUCUUGAUCGCCAAUCGAGGAGAAAUAGCUACCAGGAUCAUCUCCACCGCGCGAGAACUCGAUAUCGAAACGUAUGCCAUUUACAUCUCAGGCGACGAGUCGCAUGCCGUACGAGCAGCCCAUGCAAUCAAACUCCCGUCAGCCGCCACUUUCAUGAGCAUCGACAAGCUCAUUGACAUUAUCAAGCAACACCAAAUCGACGCUGUGCAUCCUGGAUAUGGCUUUCUUUCCGAAUCCGAGGACUUUAGCAAAAGAGUAUGGGACGAAGCAGGCGCAGUCGUCGUUGGACCCGGUUGGGGUAUCUUGAGGAGUACUGGGGAUAAGCUCAAGGCGAGGCAGCUGGCUGAAGAAUGCAACGUUCCAAUAUCCCCAGCACUCCAACAGCCAACUAACCAAGUCGAGCAUGUCCAGCGGUUUGCCGCUCAAGUCGGCUACCCGAUUAUGGUCAAAGCGGUAGAUGGAGGUGGCGGCCGAGGUAUCCGCCUCAUUCGCAAUGAAGAGCAGCUGGCUUCGUCGGUCAAACGAGCAGUUGAAGAGAGUCCGUCAAAGCAGGUUUUUGCUGAAAAAGCAGCAAUUGACGGAUUCCGUCACGUCGAGGUCCAAAUCAUCGGUGAUGGCACCGGCAGCGUGACGCAUCUGUGGGAGCGCGAAUGCAGUAUCCAGCGACGGUAUCAGAAGGUUGUCGAGUUAGCACCAAGCCUCGUCCCUGACCGCAAGUUGAUUGCAAGUAUCAUUGAAGAUGCUUUGAGAAUGGCAAAACAUGUUAGAGUCAACUACUUCUCGCUCGGCACAUUCGAGUUCCUCGUCAACCCAAUAUCAAAAGAAUACUACUUUUUAGAAGUCAAUCCCCGCCUGCAAGUCGAGCACACCAUCACAGAAUCCAUCUCCAUGACGGACAUUGUAAAAGCCCAGCUCCUCCUCGCCCAAGGUGCCACGUUGGAAAACUGCAGUCUACCUACCACCGCGCGGGACCCAGAGAAACCCCCAGCCGCGCACUCAAUCCAGCUACGCAUCACGGCCGAAAACGUCGAAAGCGACUGGACUCUCUCGAUUGGUAAAAUCACUUCUUUCCAGUUUCCGACUGGCAAUGGUAUCCGCGUAGAUACGCACCUCAUCAGCAGUCGCCCGGCCAUUGUCUCACCCGACUUCGACAGUCUCAUCGCCAAAAUCAUCAUCACCGCCUCCUCAUGGGACGCCGCAGUGCGAAAAGCCAUCUGCGCCCUGCACGACACGCAGAUAGUUGGCGUAAAAACCAACACCAACGUCCUCAAAGCCAUAACUUCGCACCCAGACUUCCUCGCGGGGAGAUGCGACACACGGUGGCUGGAAACCGUAUCCGCACAACUUUUGCAGCAAAGCCAGAACUACGCUCUGCAGAGCACAAACGAACUUGAGGGUGAUGAAUUGAAAAGCACAGCAUCAAGUCUGCUUUCCACGGGGGGUAUCGCGCCAAGCGCGCCUCUCUUCAGAAAAGGAGACGCAUGGUCCCUUAGCCUCGAACCUACAUCUCCUACCAGCACCACCGUGCAAACAGCACCGCACCACGUCGAAAUCACCCGCGUCCUACGCAACGAUUUCCCCGCUUCCCUAACCGCCGACAUCGUCUUCACAGCACCAUGCAGUUCCAGCGCCGCCGCCUCACAAUCAACACCGUAUAAAAUGACAUUAACCUCAACAUCCGCCAGCGCCGCAGCAGCAACAUCGCUGCAUCGCCGCGGAAACCCCGCUGAUGCCUCGCACAUCAUCAUCCCGUUUCCGGGUAAGCUCGUCGAGGUGCUGGUGGACGAGGGCGAUGUCAUUAGCGAGGGCGACGUCGUGUGCGUGGUGCAGCAGAUGAAGAUGGAGUUGGAAGUGCGGAGUGGGCGGCGGGGACGGGUGAGCUGGGUUUUUGGGGCUGAGGAAGGCGAGGAGAUGGGUGAGGGUGUGUUGGUUGCUGUUGUGGAGGGAGGGGAGAGGGAGGUGAAGCUUUAG